CCCCUUGGGAAACUGGGAGGAUACAAUAAAAGGAUAUCAGCGUGCGGCAACGCGCCUGCGCACUCCACGAUCUGCUGUGUGGAAGUUUCUCAGCAAGUUGGGGAAGACAGGAGAAGUUGCUGCGAGCCGCGCGGCACCGGCCACGGAGAGAAGAAGAUACAAGGAACGAACACAUGUUUUGAAGCCUUUUUUUUCCUUCAUAUAAUUAAAUCGGUUCGUGGAUGCGCAUCACUUAAAAAAACUGUCUCGUCAAAUGCAGCUCCAGUCAGUACAUCGGAGCUCAGCUAAUGAAAGGAGAAGCCAAGCCCAGGUGUCAGAUGAGAUUGGGAAUUUACAGCUGGACCUUUUGAACCGGAGUUUACUGGAAGAGUCAUAAUUGGCUGAACACUGACCGUCCGCGCACUGUCGCCCCCCCCCUCAUAUCACCGCCGAGCCGCCUUCAUGCUCAUUAACCUGUCUGUGGCCGUCAAGGAAACCAUCUUUCAUGGAAGACCGCCUGCCCAGCCCCGCGCUGCGUGUGAACCUGUGGAAGUGACGGCCAUGGAUGCCCACGUGGUGCGGGUUGCUCCUCCGCCGCCUUCCCCGGCUCCCCCGCCGCCGCCGCCUCCACCCCCGCCGCCGCUCGCGUCCUCCUCCGCCUUCAGCCGAACCGACAGCGAGCGUCGGAGUCGCCUGCGGAAGCUGAAUUGGGAGCGUAUUCCCAAAGAGAAAGUGGAGGGCCGGAAAAGUGUGUGGAGUGGGGCCGCCCCGGGCGAGGACGAGUUCCCCAUCGACCUCCAUUCUCUGGAUGAGCUGUUCGGCCAGAAGGAGACUAAGCCUCAGGACAGAACCGGCACCCUGAGGCGCCGCCGCUGUGUUCUGAUGCGCAGCACAUCCCCCCAGGACAGCUCAGAAGAGAUCUCCCUGUUGGACUCUAAACGCAGCAUGAACAUUGGGAUAUUUCUACGGCAAUUCAAGAUGCCUGCUAAAGAGAUAGUUGAGGAUAUCCGACGAGGAGCUGGGGACCGUUACGGAGCAGAGAAGCUUGCAGAGCUCUGCAAGUUGCUGCCUGACACUGAGGAGGAGUCCCGCCUGAGGAGGUUCAGCGGGGAGCAGAGCUGCCUUGGGGAGCCCGAUCUUUUCAUGCUGCUGUUGGUGGAAGUCCCCAGUUUUCGGCUUCGUCUGGAUGCCAUGAUCCUUCAACAAGAGUUUGACCCUGCUGUGACCUCUCUGUGUGUGGCAGCCAGAUGUCUGAGGGAGGCAGCCAGAGAACUGCUGAGCUGUCCUGAGUUACACUCCAUCCUUCGCCUGGUGCUGAAAGCUGGGAACUAUAUGAAUGCUGGUGGAUAUGCAGGAAAUGCUGCUGGAUUCCGGAUCUCAUCACUUCUCAAGCUGGCUGACACCAAAGCCAAUAAGCCGGGGAUGAAUCUGCUGCAUUUUGUAGCAAUGGAAGCUGUGAAAAAGGACCAGAGUUUACUGUCAUUUCCCAGCCAACUAGGCCAUGUUGGCUCCGCCUCUAGGUUGUGUGAGGAGUCUGUGGUGGAGGACUUAUCUAAGUUAAAAAGCAGAGUGGUCGCCCUGAAGGCAAACAUCCAGACUGAAGCUGAGAUUCAGCAGCACACGCAGCCGUUCCUGGAGGCAGCUGAGGAGCGUCUGAAGAAUGCUGAAGACGAGGUGGAGGGCAUGAGGAUGUCAAGUCAGGCUCUGGUGGAGUUCUUCUGUGAGGACGACAGCACUUUCAAACUUGAGGAAGCUUGUAGAGUCAUCCAUAUGUUUUGCCUGCGCUUUCAAAGGGCUGUCCAGGAGAACGCAGAGCGGGAACUGAAGGAACAGAAACGUCAGGCACGACAGCGGGAGAUGAGUCAAAAGCGCCGCUCUCUGGCCGUUUGUACCGGACUGGAUCUGGGCCUCAGCCCCGCCAGAUCUCCUCGUUCUCAAGACAACCAAGAUGAACUGGAGAAACUUCUGGAAAAGAGCUUGAGUUAUACUUGGAGUCGUCGUAGCCUGAGAAGGGCAGACUCUCGCAGACUCUCCCACCUUCUCCACAACGACGCACACAACUCGUCUGUGCUACAGCGCUUCCCUGAGCUGGGAACCAGCCCCACAUCGACCAGUUAUCACUCAAACAGCUCUUCUGAUCACGAGAACACCACUGUUCUGUGUAGCUCUCCGGAUACCGAUGGCACGUGUUCCCCCAUUGACCAAGAACCCGGUCUGGGUGGAGGGAUCGGUGCUCAACCUGGGAAAACGGCAAACCGAAGUGUGGAGGCAGUUCAGGACUCACAAACUGCAACAUUUGGUCAUCAUCAACAUGAAUGCAGGUUCACAUGCAAGCCACAAGGGCCCGACAACAUUUCCUAUGUGCUGCAGAGCCAACAGGAAACAGACAAAUGCAUAGCUCCAAUGAUCACUAAUUCUUCACCUAGUUGUCGUACAAACACUGCUGUCACGCACACUGAUAGACGUAGCCAGACCUCAUCUCUCAGACAUGGCUUCGACCUGCCAGUAAUGGAAAAUAACUGCCCCCCUCAGAGUAAAUGCGCCGACUCUACCGUCAGCGAUCCUGUGUCUCGGUCUGUUCGUACUUAUGGAAUACUUCCUCCUAGUGACGGAGUGGCUGAGCUGCUGAAGUCCCAGAGAUCUGAGAACCAAUCACCGGCUUCUGUAAAUACUUUAGCUAAAACCAAAUCGCAAACGGAGGCGAGAGUAGCGAGUGUGAUGAAAUCGCCUGAUGCUGGUCUUAUGAGCCCCCCAGACUCAGAAGUUGCAUCCACACCUGUGGAGGAGAACUGGAUGCCCUCCAGUCUACCGGAGUUCAGCCAGUCACAGUCGGAGUUCUGUGACAUGCCGUGUCCUGAACGAGAGCCUGCGAAGCCGUACUCGCGCGUCGGUGAAACCCUUGAGUGCCACACUCUGGUGAAAGGCCUCCGAUCCUAUGAGACCUUGUCGCCCCCGACAUCUCCACUCCCGCGACCCGCACCGAGCCUCUGCUCCAAGUGGAGGAAGGAGCGAGAGGUGGACCUUCGAGACAGGUCAUCGCCGGGGUCCCCUACGUCAAAGGAAGAGGCUCGAACCGUGAAAACGCCGGUGCAUGUUGGAAUAGGAGCCAAGAGGGGACUUGUGUCACGUACCGGACCUUCCAAUAGCACAGGCAUCCCCAGGGUCCGCUCCAAAACGGAGCCUUCAAUAGGUACCCCGGUCCCCGCAAGCCCAUCGGCUGCUAGUCGGCUAGCUAGCCCUCGCAGCGUGUCCAUGCGGUCCUCUCCCGUUGCUCGUCUAGCUGCUGCGCAGGCAGACGUGAGGCGAAGUAACAGCACGCGGGAAAGAACUGUGAGCGAGACACAGACUCCGGGCAAGCUCGCAUCUCCUCGCAGGUCAUCUGACCGAUCCGUACAAGAAAAGCUGUCUGCAGGCACCCCCCCGGCCUUUGUUAGAGGGUCUCCCCUUCGUGUGUCUAAGCGACUGGCUCCCAACUCGGACACUAAUCUCCCUUCCCAGCCGCGCACAACCCACAGUCCGUCAUCUUCCACGGCCAAGACCAUACGCACGGCCGUCAUUAGCGCUGCCCGGAAUAAAACCACCAAGAGCACAAGCAUGUCUCCCGCCAGCUCGAAAAUCGCUACAGCUUCACGGAUACCUGGACCCAAAGUACCUCGAGCUACUGCAGCUCAGCCACUGUGGAAAUGACAGAAUGGGUGGGGUGUUUUUUUCUUUUAUGCAUUUUCAAUGUAACUGAGUGGGUGUUCAUGAAACAUGAGUCAUUAUUCGAUUUCUGGUCUGGAUGAACUUUAACUCUGCUGGUUUUUACUGUCUUGUAAUCUUGUUCAGCCACUGCUGCAGUAGGAGACCUUUACACCCUACCUCUUCACAUCUGUUUGGCUCCUUUGCAGGCAACAGGGCACUACAACAAGUCCUUUAAUGAUACUGUAUGUAGAACACUUUAAUACCAGAUUCAUGUUACACUGUGAGUAGAGUGCGUAUGAAAACUUCAUCUGCUCUGCCAUCAAAAAAAGGUUUUUAGAUUAUUUUAGGAAAUUGUCUUUUGUGUUUUGAAAACUGUGACUAAAUGAUCUUGUGCUUCUCGCACCAGGCUGGUGGGCAGUCCGACUUGAACUCGGUACGCUAUUGAACUAUUGCCUUGUUAUUCUGAUGCACUUUACAAACUGGAGAAGUCGUGUGGAGAUGAUUCUGUCGUUUUUUUUUGUUUUAUAUUGAAAUAAUAUAACUUUAUUGAAAAGCAUUUGUUGUAGUUUACCAUUGUGAAUUUGUACAUAAAAGAUAAAUAAAUGGUCUUCUGUAGAAAAGUGCCUGUCAAUGAAAGUUGUACCAAAUAAAUUAAAGUUCUCAUCUGUGUUUUAUCA